AUGUGGGAAACACACCAGUGGAAUGGCCUCGGGACAGAACCACACCACAGUGCCCAGACUCAUCCUGCUGGGGCUCACAGACCAGGCAGACCAAAAGCAGCUCCUCUUUGCCACCUUCCUGCUGAUCUACUUGGUGACUCUGGUGGCAACCUGGGCCUCAUAGAUGUCAUCCGGGCCAGCACCACCCUCCACACCCCCAUGUACUUCCUCCUGAGCCUGCUUUCCUUCCUUGACGUCUGCAGUUCCUCCUUGUUCACCCCCAGGCUGCUGAUCAGCUUCCUCACUGCUGACCAGUCCAUCUCCUUCGAGGGCUGCGUGGUCCAGAUGGCCCUCAUGACCCUCCACGGCUCUGGGGAGUGUGUGCUCUUGUCCAUCAUGGCCUAUGACCGAUUUCUGGCCAUCUGCCCCCCUCUCCUCUACCACAGCAUCAUAUCCAAGCAUUUGUGUGUCCAGCUGGUGGGGCUCACCUAUGCUGUGGGGGCUUUCAUUUCAGCAGUGCAGACCGGGAAUGCCUUCAGCUUGCCCUACUGUGCUCCAAACAUCAUUGACCAUUACUCCUGUGACUUCCCCCCCGUGCUCCAGCUGGCCUGCUCAGACACCACUGUGGCCAACGUCAUCUUGCUCAUCUUUUCCACCUUGAUCACUGCCCCCACAGUCUCAGUCAUCUCGGUCUCUUACACCUACAUCCUGGUCACCAUCUGUAGGAUGAGGUCCCUGGAGGCCCAGCGGAAGGCCUUUUCCACCUGUGCCUCCCACCUCACUGCCCUCUGCCUUUUCUAUGGGUCCGUGUUCCUUGUGUAUCUCCAACACAACCCAGAAAGUGUUUCAGCCUACAACAAGCUCCUCUCUGUGUUCUACACCAUCGUGAUCCCCACGCUGAACCCGCCGGUCUACAGCCUAAGGAAUAAAGAUGUCAAGGCUGCUGUGCUCCUAAGGGUUCUUAACCUAAGGAGAAAGAGAAUUUGUUAG